AUGCGCUUCCACUCGAUCCCCCGACCACUCCUACAACUCAUAACGACAAUCUUACUCUCCACACCCACCACAUACGCAAGCCCGCAGCCGAUACUCUCCCAACUCGCCGGAUUCGACUACAACGAGCUAUUUGCGAGAUGGGACUGCGGAGGAACAUACUGCGGCUACAGUAGCCAGCUCUGCUGUUCAGCAGGCAGUACAUGCUACACCGAUCCAGCCCAACAAGCCCAGUGCGGCGUAGCGACGGCCACGGGAGCUGCAGCUGGGGCAGCGGGAGGAUACUGGAGCACUUACUACACGACUUUCACCGAGACGGACACGCACUUGACGACGCAAUUGAUGAGUACAUAUAUUGGAGGUGCUGCUGCUACACCGACCAGUCAGACGUGCAACUACGCUCUCAAUGAGACACCCUGUGGGAGUAUCUGUUGUGCGAGUAACCAGCAAUGCUAUUCACCGGGCCAAUGCGUCGCCGCUGUAGGAGGGAGCUCAGGCUACUACAGCUCAGCAUACGUGACACCGACGUCAACACAAGGAGUCACUGGUAUCAUCGUGGCCACUGGAACGGCACCAGUCCGCGGCACCUCCUCCUCCCAAGUCCUGGUCACGCAAACCGUGAGCCCCACAACCACAAUCCCCUUCCAAACACCCGUGGCGACAGGCGCGAACAUCACCCUCACUGGAACCCAAGCGAAUAACAGCGGUCUCUCGGGUGGAGCAAUAGCCGGGAUAGUCAUCGGCGUCCUAGUCGCGCUCUUCCUCCUCGCCCUCCUCUGCCUCUUCUGCUGCGCGCGCGGAAUCUGGAACGCCUUUUUCGGCGGCGGCAGAAAGAAGCGGAGUAGAGUAGAAGUAGAAGAGUACGAACGCCGCUCCCAUCGCACAUCCGGCGGCGGCGGAGGCGGCAGAACCUGGUACGGUGCCCGCAAACCCCAACGCAGUAGCUCGCGGUACGAUGAGCGUCGGGAGAGCAAGUCCGGAGGUGGAUUGCUUGCGGUCGGUGGUGGGCUGGCGGCGUUAUGGGCGCUUUUGGGGCUGAAGAGGAAGAGGGAGGAUCGGAACCGGACCGAUGAGAAGUAUUCGGAUGUUUCGUACUCGAGUGAUUAUUAUACUAGUGAAAGCAGCGCGAGCAGUGACGAUCGACGGACGAGAGAUGCGCCGAGAGAUACACGGCGGUCGGUUUCGAGACGAUGA